UUUCCCACAGACAGUAAAAUCCGUUUCCAUUAUCUUCUGGUAUUCAUGCUGUCAGAAGCUGACAACCUCCUUUAGCCCAACGUUUCCUAGCUGCUGUAAUUUAAAGAGGAAUUUUAGAUUUGUAGCAUUUGAAUCAAAUUGAGGAAAAUUAAGUGCACUUGUCAUGUUGGUUCGCUGGCGAAAGCUACACAGCUAUGUUGCAUGGUAGGGAUAAGUUUCGACAGGUUAGCUUUGCGGUGGCUAAUUCCGCUAUGUAUACUACAUAACCAUGACGUUGGGGAAAGGAUAUCUCCGCAAUUUACUGGACUGCGGGCGUCAGCCUACAGCGUGUGACUGAGGGCCGGCGGGGUUGCAGACAGGUGUUACAGGUUGCUCCCAUGUGCCCAUGGACAAAACUUCCUUUGAGGGGUGGCUGGAGUCAGUCUCCACCACUUUCCUUUCUUUGAACGACCAGCAGCGGAACCAGUGUCUGGACCACCUCAUAUCCUUAAGUGGCGCCGCCCAGCUCCGCCAUUUGUCCAACGGUCUGGAGACUCUGCUGAAGCGCGACUUCCUGCGCCUGCUUCCUCUGGAACUUGCUUUCUACCUGCUGCGAUGGCUGGACCCUCAGAGCCUGCUCACCUGCUGUUUGGUCUGCAAACAGUGGAACAAGGUUAUAAACUCCUGCACAGAGGUGUGGCAGACUGUGUGUCAGGAGCUGGGCUGGAAGAUUGAUGAGUCUAUCCAAGACGCUUCGCAUUGGAAGGUGGUUUACCUGAAGGCGAGGCUGCGCAUGACACAGCUGAAGGAUCAGGAGGCCUUUGAGACGUCAUCGCUCAUCGGGCACAGCGCUCGCGUCUAUGCUCUCUACUAUAAGGAUGGUCUCCUCUGCACAGGAUCUGAUGACCUUUCUGCUAAGCUAUGGGAUGUGCGCACUGGACAGUGCAUUUAUGGAAUUCAGACACACACCUGUGCCACAGUGAAGUUUGAUGAGCAGAAGCUGGUGACCGGGUCCUUUGACAACACUAUUGCAUGCUGGGAGUGGAGCACAGGAGCCAAAAUCCAGCAGUUUCGUGGCCACACAGGAGCAGUUUUCAGUGUGGACUACAACGAUGAACUGGAUUUGCUGGUCAGUGGGUCUGCAGACUUCUCCGUCAAGGUCUGGUCUUUGUCUGCUGGUUCCUGUCUCAACACUCUGACUGGACACACAGAAUGGGUCACCAAGGUGAUCCUGCAGAAAAGUGAAGUUGAGUCGGUGGUUCACAGUCCUGGUGAUUACAUCCUCCUCAGUGCUGAUAAGUAUGAGAUCAAGGUUUGGCCUUUAGGCAGAGAGAUCAACUGCAAGUGUUUGAAGACGCUCUCGGUUUCAGAAGACCGCAGCAUCAGCCUCCAGCCCCGCUUGCAGUUCGAUGGACGUUACAUCGUCUGCAGCUCGGACCUUGGAGUUUACCAGUGGGACUUUGCUAGUUUUGAGAUUCUCAGGGUAAUAAAGCUGCAGGAUCCAGCCAACCUUUCCCUGCUCAGCUUUGGAAAGGUGUUUGCACUCCUUUUCGACAACCACUUCCUGUAUGUCAUGGACCUGAGGACGGAGGUCAUCUCAGGCCGCUGGCCUCUGCCGCCCUACAGGAAAUCCAAACGAGGCUCUAGCUUCCUGGCAGGUGUGACGUCCUGGCUCAACGGCCUGGACGGGGGCAACGACUCUGGACUGGUAUUUGCGACCAGCAUGCCCGACCAUAGCAUUCACUUAGUCUUGUGGAAAGAGAACGGGUAGAUGACGAGGACGUCCAUUAAAGAAGUAAUGCCGCCGCCGCCGCCAUGUGUGCUGUGGAACAUUUAACUGCCAACUUUUAUCACACUCGGACCAAAGCAUUUCCUUUGACCCGCUUCCUUCUCAGCCGCAAAUCUCCUCCAGACAUGUACAGUAGCGAUGGAAAUGGAAGGCCAGGUUACCAACUUCACUACUGGAUUAACCCCUCCCACAAACCAAGCAAACACAACCGUCUCUUGUAAAGGAUGUCUGUCAGGAGGACUACAUUUUUGCUUCAGUCUGGCAGUGUAAAGUGAAAAAAAAGUACAUUUUCUGACCUUAAUGUUCAAAUAAACGUGCCAUCUCCAUAAAAAAC